AUGCCCUCGGCCGGAAUAAUUCCGGGUCCUCGGACCAUCAGCGGUCCAGCUAAGCUGAAUGGUAGACCCAGCGAACGAGACGGACUCACGGUAUACUUAUUUUUGUUUUUUCACACCUGGCUCGGAUGGUGCCCCUGACGCCCAUGGGGCGGUCAACAUCUACCAGGUUGAUGAACGGAAUGACCUUGACCUAGGAUAAUGCACAAGAUACGCCGAAUUUAUUAAAAGUUGCCUGCAAUUCUGCGACAGGCUUUCAGCUGAAAAAAGAUUACUUCCGCAGGCUUCCGAAAUUGAGUGUCUGGUGCAGUAGUGUUUGAGAAAGGCUGUCUUUCCCAACCCUAGCCUGAACUCUAACCCUAAUCUUCGCGGAAGUUAGCUCAAAGCCACCCGUAUUUCGAGGGGGGGGGGUCUUAUAACCGUGUCCUACCCCAGUAUUUAUAAAACAUCACUAUUCAGUUAAUUUUUUUCGAAAAACAUGCGAUCUUCAAAGGAUCUGCCUGUUGUAAAUGAUAUUUGGAACCGUCUCUUGUUAUCUUUACACUGAUCGAAAACAUGCACAUGCUUAAGACGAUUGCCCAGGUCCACUUCCUAGUUCUUCUUCUUCUUCUUCUUCUUCUUCUUCUUCUUCUUCUUCUUCUUCUUCUUCUUCUCCUUCUUCUUCUUCUUCUUCUUCUUCUUCUUCUUCUUCUUCUUCUUCUUUCCUCUUAA